UUUCGGACCCGCUUGCACGUACCAGGUCUGUGGGCAUAUCGUCGUCGCUGUCAUCUUCAGCCUUGCGCUUGGUGCUGGGUACCGAGGUCCGCAAAUGCUGCUCCUCAUCGAGCUUGGCGAACCACUCGCUUUCGUUGCGCGGCAUGUCGCUGUUGCCCCGCUUCUCGCUCUCGUCAGCCACGGCCAUGGCCAGCCGCAGCACUCUUUGGCGCUCCGCCAGUCUCGCGGCUGCGUCCUCUGCGUCCUCUUCAACGCUGUUAUCGCCGCUUUUGGGGAUAGCCGCCGAUUUGGGUGCUGCGGCCAGUGCUGCGGCCAGGGGCUUUGCUGCUGUGGCCGCACGCUUCUUACUGAUAACCUGACCCUCGUUUUCGGAAUCCCAGGCGUACAGAUCAGCAACGUCGUCGUCGUUAAAUUCAAUUUCUUCGUCGUUUUCUUCUUGCCCUUGGCCAAGGCCAGGGCCUUCUCUUUGCGUGCCUUUUUCGCUGCCUUGAUGCUCUUCUUUAAACUCUUUUUGUCAUCGUCGCCGCCGAGGAGUGCGUCGACAAUGUUUUCAACGUCAUUGUCCGGUCCCGCUUUGAUCGCUUCUUGGUCUUUUUUGCCAGGCUGGUCACUGAAACCACUGUGUCCUGCGGACCGUCGUCUUCAGCAACCUUCUUCGCCUUUGUUCUUUUAUGGUCAUUUCAACGCCUGUGUGUGGGGGGUGUUUGAAUUUCGUGUGGUUUUAUAGCAAAAUGAAAUAUGGAAAGAUGAAAGUUAAUGUAGAAGCAAAGAGGGCGCGUGCUUUCUAUGUGUCGCGAGCGAGUGCAGUUGCUAAAUGCAACUAAAUAAAAAACUUUAUAAAAAAAUACAAAGCAAUGAAAAUUUUCCCGCGCCAACGAUGACUUUUAUUCUUACACACUGAU